CGGUUUUUCUCUUUGUUUUCUCUCUCUCUCUCUCUCUCUCUCUCUCUCUCCUCCCUAGUCCCAGGGUGGUCUUCUCCAAGAAGCGACCUCCGAACCCAGAUUAUAUUUUCCAAGCUCAAUCCUCUUGGAAAUUCAAGAGUAAUCCGAACCUCCUCUUCGGACGGUGUUGACCAUGUGGAAGAGAGGGUGGGGGUUAAUAAAGUUAACCGUUUGCGAGUGUAUUUACCUCGAAAUUGAAAUGAUGGGGACGGUUGGUACGGUGAGCUCCAUCGCUGCAACUCGUGGAUGCUUCUUGGACACCCAAACCGACGACGAAGUUGUUUUCUGAAGCUUCAUCUUCCUUCAUUGAAGGGGUUUUGUGUGUUUAAGAGUGCUUCAAUAGGUUGUGACUCGAAGCUGUUUGACGAAAUGACUGAAGGAAAUGUUGUUUCCUGGACUUCAGUUAUCUCGGGUGCCAACUCAUAAACCAAUUGGCUUCUCAAAUUUUCCCAAAACUUGCAUUGAGGUCUCAAGGGAAAUGCAAUGCUUGAGGUAUAGAGGUCUCUCUGGGACUCUUCCUUCUGCAUGGUGGCUGAUCGCUCGAGGUUCUUGCAGCAAAUUGUUUGUUGGAGGUCUUUCUUAUGAUACCAAUGAAAUUGUCCUAAAGGAAGCUUUUGAACAGUAUGGUGAAAUCACUGAAGCAGUUAGAGUUUUAUGUGAUCAUAAGAGUGGGAGAUCAAAAGGAUAUGGAUUUGUGCGUUUUACUGCAGAAAGUGCAGCUAACGUAGCUCUACAAAAAAUGGAUGGUCAGUUACUGGAUGGCAGAAAUAUUCGUGUUCAUUAUGCGCAUAAGGGAUGAUGACCAUAAUCUCUGGCAAUUAGUCAAAAGAAGUGUGGCUUAAUGUAUUCCAGACUUCAAGAUCUAGAAUUAUUUGAAGCAUCAACCUGUUUCUUUCCCUGUAAUCCCGCAGCAUGUGAUUACGCUCAAAUCCUCAUUUAUUGGAUAAUAUACAUUAUGAGUCCUGUGUGUCACAUAUUUGUAACCAAUAGAUCUCUCAUCACACUAUUACACAAUUAUUUAUUGUUCAAUGUCAUUCAGGAGAGCUUACACCUUUCAGACAUACUGAUGGAUAACAUUUGAAGAAUAAAAAAAACUAUAGCCACUGCCAUUGAAUGAGAAAGGAUACAGAGAGAUUGUUUUUUUCCAGACAUACCUUCUAUCUUGCCUCUGCUGACACCCCUUAGAAGGUCUGAAGUGUCUGAGCCAUAAAAGGUGGUUCAGCAGCUGCAGUUCCUAUUCCUCCAGGCAGGCCUUCGUGGGGGGUGUGUGUGUGUUUUUUUUAAUUUUUUUUAUGAGUGUAUUCACAUAUGUUGAAAAGCAGAAUGAACUGAAAUGAAGGUAUUCCUUUGAAGAAAAGUUUAUGCUAUUUGUUAA